GUUGUCUGGUGUGCUGGAUUAGGUUGUUCCGGAAGAAUGACUCUCCGUUAUCAAUAUGUAUUAGAAAAUUUACAUUUAGUGGUUGUGCAUGGUAUAAGUGUUACCGUUGGAACAGCGAGUUCCACUGCUCAAUCGAUAGAUACAAUUUACGAACAAUAUAGAGCAAGGACUGGAAUUGUGCUUGAACUUUAUCUGAGAUUAAAACAUUCUACCUCACAUGAAUUAUUUUUAAGUCUCUAUGAUUAUUGGUU